CAGUCAAAUAAUUUUGAUUACUUCCGGCAAAAUUGACAGUCAACAUGCAAUACAGUAUUUUGCACAUAAAUAGAGUAAUUGGACGUAUCAGCUGUUUCAGAGACUUUCAUUUGUUCCAUAAAUGUUUAUCUGGAAAAUUGACCUACCCUGGGACUGUAGGAAACGCUGAUGAUGAACUGUUCAUGGAAGACAGGCUUGAAGAAAAAAUAAACCAUCCCAUCGGGACGAGGCCUGGGCUUGAAAAGAGAAAGAAAAUGCCAGCAAAGAAGGAGCUUGAGUUGCAGCAGAGAAAGUAUAUAAAACGUAAAAUCAUCGAGAAGAAAGAGAGAGCACUUUAUGGAGAGAAGAUGCCUAGACUUCUGACCUGGGCAGCAAGGUUACAGAUUAUAUACUUAAACAAAACUGAUCCUGCAUAUUGGACACCUGAUAUGCUAGCUGAGAGUUUUCCAGUGUCUAAACAUGGCGUUAUUAGGAUUUUGAAGCAAAAUCAUAUACCACUAGAUGAAGAGUAUAUACACGAAUAUGAUAAAGGCGUUUAUAUGAAUUGGCUGCGACUGAAAAAAGCAAAACAAGAUUUCAUCAAUGGCAGAACUGUUGACCCAGAAUUCAGAUCGAUAGUGGAAAGUGAAAAACUGAGUUUGAUGAAAAAUGCUGCUGGUUCACUAACUCUUCCGAUACCGGAAACAAGUUACCUUCAGGUUACCCAGAAGACCAUAGCAGAGAAACGGAGACCGAAAACAAAAGGUGAAUUUAGCGCAAUACUUGACAACUAUGAGAAGGAUAAAGAAACUGUUAAAAAGGAGAAAAAAUUGAAGUAUAUAGAGUUUGAAGAUCCGGACUAUGUAGCAUUGUUGACGGGUCUAUCGGAGAUGAAAGAUGAGGAGGAAAUACAAGAAGAAAGAUACAAGGAACAUACAGCUCAAGAUAAAUAUGAAGAUACAAAAUUAUUCUACGAUGAAUAUGAGGACAAUAUAGACCUUGAUGUGAGUGACCUGCCAGUAUACAAAAGCAGAAACAAAACACAAAACUUUACACAUAAUCGUGAUGAAUUGACUGAAAAUCGAAAAGAAGGUCUAAACCGUCAAAGUACAUUUUUGAAUCGGAAGCAACAUUUUGGUAGAAAAAAUCCCAGUGAAGAAGAUAAAAAUGAAAAUGAUUUUCAGAAAAAUAUUGCAAAAUGGGUAAAAGAAAGUUCCAGGGCACUGGACACAAAUGUUAAGAAAAUAAGAAAAUAAUUGACAAGAAUGUUUGUAUUCUGUAAGAAGAAAUAUAAAAUUCCUGUGAUUUAGAGAACUGCCUAAGCUUUUCCUGACACAUUUUACUGGCUUAUUGACCUUGCUGAUUGUGAUUGGCUUCUGAGGCCAAGUGGCUAGGGCUAUAAGAUUCUUUCGCUGUUGUAGGUGCAGAUGGCAUUAUCCUGCUCAGGGGUAACUGUUUAAGGUGGUAACUAGUUGCACUGCCGAGUUACCGCGUAAACAGUUACCCGAGAGCCGGAUAUUCCUAUCUUCUCCUAUAGCCAAUGAUAGAAUCUUUUUCUUGCAUACCAUAUUCAAGAAAUAAAAGUAAAAAUACAAUCAAACGAACAACUUUCUUUCUAGUAAAAAUACAAUCAAAUGAACAACUUUCUUUCUAGUAAAAAUACAAUCAAAUGAACAACUUUCUUUCUAGUAAAAAUACAAUCAAAUGAACAACUUUCUUUCUAGUAAAAAUACAAUCAAAUGAACAACUUUCUUUCUAGUAAAAAUACAAUCAAAUGAACAACUUUCUUUCUAGAACUAUUUUCUUGCAGUGUACAAAGCACAGGAAAUCAACAUCCAUAAACAGGAAAGACGUCAUAACGUUUCAAAGACAAAUAACAAUGUUUAGUGACA